CAGCUAGCAUGAUAUGUUGAAAGUUUCGUCCUCAAGCCAUGGAAAAAAUGCCGUUCGCAGCAGUACGUGACUGGUCUGUUCAUCGGGACUGCCUGGGAAGCUGGCUCCAGUUCGACAACACAAACAACAGGUGCUGCUUUUGCAUGAUGUUAGAAGAGAUCGACGAAAAGGAUCCAGCCUAACACUACUAGUUAGAUUCCUUUUACAAGAGCCAUCCUCGAGAACAAAGCAAAAGGAUGGUUAUUGUGGACUCCCGCCGCGCAUUGCUGAGUGUUGCUGCCAACUCUAUUGGUGGCACUUUCCUCCUCAGCAACGAACAACUUGAAUCUAACCCGGAAGAUUUGUCGAGGAUGAUCUGCAACUAUACGCCCAAAGCCUUUCGACUUGCAGUAGCCACGGCGGGUUGUUUCCUGUACCGAGGGGAGAACAUACCAGAUCGAGUAACGCUGUUGGAUCCAGAGCCCGAUUUGCUUGUUCCGGGUACCUACGACGAUCCUGCUGCACCAGAGUACUUUCGGUGCUUGGAAACGAGACUGAAACGAUCCAAAACGAGGGCGCUACCAUCCACAGGCCAUAUCGCAACAUCUGAUGAAGCAGAAGCAUCCCAAUGGGGCGAAGCUGUGAGCGUCUGGCCUCUCGGGGAUACCUUAUCAUAUGUCUGGCCACGACAAGACAUAGUCUUCUUUCCUUGCACUACUAAAUGCCCUCUUGACGAGAUCGUGAUUGAUCGAGAGUUGAUCGUUGCCUUGCAACAAGGACAUGAAGUGCUAUUCGCGUCAGCAUUUGACAGUGGUAGGAAGAGUAGCUUGCCAACAUCUCUGGCUCAAGGCCAAACUUCAGCUUUCCUGGCAGUACCACGAGCUUCCAAUGACGAACUCAAGGAGAUUGUGAAGGAACCACAGUUUACGCUUGGCUAGGCAACCAAUUUCUCGGCAGCUCACCGGUUGAUCCUAGAAUAUCAGUGUUAGCUAGCUACAUCUUUCAUGUUUCGCAACUCGUGCACUCCGAACCCCACGAUCGCUCCGAAGUCGAUCGGAAGGAUCAAUGGAUACAUGUAGAACGACGUCUGUAUUUC